GGCUGUGCCGCCGCCGCCGCCGUGCGUGCGCCCGCCCGUGCUGCGUGCGCCCGGCGCCCCCGCCCGCCCGCUCUCCCCCCGGCCCCCGCCCCUCCCCCCUCCCGCCCGGCCCCGGGCUCCGCGCCGUCUCCGGCCGUCGGUGCCAUGGGGAGCCGCUGAGCUCGGGGCCCGCUUCGCUCCGCCGGCUGCCCCGCUCACUCCUCAGCUGCCGGCAGGGGGGAGGCCGGGGGGCGGCGGCAAGCGGGCGCGGGGGGCGGGCGGGGGGAGGGCGGGAGGGGGUGAGACGCGAUCCCGGAGCGGCAAGUGAGCGAAGAGGAGCCGGCGGGCGGCGGCGGGAGCGCGGGGACUUCGGGCCGCCGGGGAGUGUUAUGAAGACAGUAUGGAGUUUCCUGACCACAGUAGACAUUUGCUACAGUGUCUGAGUGAGCAGAGACAUCAGGGUUUUCUUUGUGAUUGCACUGUUCUGGUAGGAGAUGCCCAGUUCCGAGCACACAGAGCUGUACUGGCUUCAUGCAGCAUGUAUUUCCACCUCUUUUACAAGGACCAGCUGGACAAAAGGGACAUUGUUCAUCUGAACAGCGACAUUGUUACAGCCCCAGCUUUCGCUCUCCUGCUUGAAUUCAUGUACGAAGGAAAGCUCCAGUUCAAAGACUUGCCCAUUGAAGACGUGCUAGCAGCUGCCAGUUAUCUCCACAUGUAUGACAUUGUCAAAGUCUGCAAAAAGAAGCUGAAAGAGAAAGCAACCACGGAGGCAGACAGUACAAAAAAGGAGGAAGACGCUUCAAGUUGUUCAGACAAAGUGGAGAGCCUCUCUGACGGCAGCAGCCACAUGCCAGGAGACUUGCCCAGCGAUGAAGAUGAUGGAGAAGAUGAAAAAUUGAACAUCCUGCCUAGCAAAAGGGACUUGGCGGCGGAGCCUGGGAACAUGUGGAUGAGAUUGCCCUCAGACUCAGCAGGCAUUCCCCAGACUGGCGGAGAGGCAGAGACGCACGCAGCAGCAGCUGGAAAAACAGUAGCCAGCCCCUGCAGCUCAACAGAGUCUUUGUCCCAGAGGUCUGUCACCUCCGUGAGGGAUUCAGCAGAUGUUGACUGUGUGCUGGACCUGUCUGUCAAGUCCAGCCUUUCAGGAGUUGAAAACUUGAACAGUUCUUAUUUCUCUUCACAGGACAUGCUUAGAAGCAGCCUGGUUCAGGUGAAGGUGGAGAAAGAGGCUUCCUGUGAUGAGAGUGAUGUUGGCACUAAUGACUAUGAUAUGGAACAUAGCACUGUGAAAGAAAGUGUGAGCACUAAUAACAGGGUACAGUACGAGCCGGCCCACCUGGCUCCGAUGAGAGAAGAUUCGGUCUUGAGGGAGCUAGAUAGAGAGGACAAGGCAAGCGAUGAUGAAAUGAUAACUCCAGAGAAUGAAAGAGUCCAGGUGGAAGGCAACAUGGACAGCAGCUUGCUCCCUUAUGUGUCAAACAUACUUAGCCCCGCUGGCCAAAUUUUCAUGUGUCCUCUGUGCAACAAGGUCUUUCCUAGCCCCCACAUCCUGCAGAUCCAUUUAAGCACGCACUUUCGAGAGCAGGACGGGAUCCGCAGCAAGCCUGCUACCGAUGUCAAUGUCCCGACCUGCUCGUUGUGUGGUAAGACUUUUUCUUGCAUGUACACCUUGAAACGUCAUGAGAGGACUCAUUCAGGUGAAAAGCCCUACACUUGCACCCAGUGUGGGAAGAGCUUCCAGUACUCCCACAACCUGAGCCGCCACGCAGUGGUUCACACGCGGGAGAAGCCUCAUGCUUGUAAGUGGUGUGAACGCAGGUUCACGCAGUCUGGAGACCUUUACAGACACAUUCGGAAGUUUCACUGUGAGUUGGUGAACUCAUUGUCUGUCAAAAGCGAAGCACUGAGCUUACCUACUGUCAGAGACUGGACCUUAGAAGAUAGCUCACAAGAACUUUGGAAAUAAAAUUUUUAUAUAUAUAAAUAAUAUAUAUAUAAAUCUAUAUAGUUGUGGUACAGUCUAAAAGCAAUCUUGUUUCCUUGAACUGAAAGUUUGGCUAUUAGCUUGUUUUUUGCACUUUAAGGCAGCAUGAAUAUUUCGCUAAUUUAGCACUCCAAUAAAAAUGAACUGUAGAGGUAAUCCGACAAAGUCACAAAUUACGGAGCAUAUUUUUCCCCUUUUUUGGAAUAGAAGCCAGCGGAUACUUUACUUCUAAGGAAUCUCCAAUUCAAAAAAUUUGGACGUGGCUUUAUUCUCCCCAAAACAUUGUGUUCUUUUAUAAGCUCUCGAUCUUUCUCCUCUUUAAAAGCUGAAUGUAGAAAUCCUCUCCCAAUUUUGUCAGUUCCUUUACAUUUCUGUAAUUGCAUGAGUCCUUUCUAGCUGUUGGAAACCUGAAUGCUUUUAGACCCAAAUGGAAAAUUUCUGAAAUGCUGGAUUAUCUAUUUUUAAACAAGCGGUUGACUUAAACUUGUUAUGGCAACUUCUGGAUUUCUGACAGUUCCCACUGGAAAAAAAAAAGAAAAAAAAAGAAAAAAAACCACAAACAAACAGAAAAACAAAAACAAAACAAAAAAAGGCAACAAAAACAUAAAACAAAAACCCUGAGAGUACACUGGGAUCACUGGGACUCUGUCUUACGUGAAGGUUUGCUUGGGAUGAAAAAGGAUAUUGCAGCUUCAGCAGUGAUGAACUGUGUGUUUAAAAAAUGUGAAUUACUGUUAUUGUAUACUGUAAUUGAUUACAUGGGCCGGGGGGAGGUAUCAAAGAACUUGGCAGGUUGUGUUGAUGCUCUUAGUUGAGUCUUGAAAAGUAAAUAUUAACGCUACAGAAAUGCAUGAUUUUCAGUAUAUUUUUGUCUUUGUUUGCAUUGUAUAACUUUAACGAGUGAGUUGAAAAUUAUUUAAUUUCCUUAGGAAAAAAACCUGACACCGUUGAAAAUGCCAGUGUUACGAAGAAGAGAAAUGCACUGUUUUUAUUUUAUCUAAUUUAAAUUUACUUUCCCACUGUCUUUAAGUUGAGAAGAACUUAAGCUGCGAGUCGCCGAUUUAGCUACGUUAACAAGGAAAAAAAACCCACAAAAAACCCCACAAAAAUACUGAAUGUUUACAACCAGGCUUCGAGAUUUGCAUGUGUGGUGUGCAUUUACUAACCCCAGCCCCUCCUAAUUGCACAGACCCCACGCCAGCUCCAGCUGAGGUGCGUCCAUUUCCCCAGAUGAGCAUUCGUAGGAUUCCUGCUGCACCGCUCCACCACAAUAGGUCGUUCUUUUUUUUCCCCCCCGCAUUGAAAAGAGGCUGUGGACUGAAAAAAAAAAUUAAAAAAAGAAAAAAAAAGAAAAAAAAAAAAAGAAGAAGAAAAGGCCCUGGGCUGAAAGGCCUGGGCAGGCCUGAGUGACAGGGGGGCCGGGGGAGGGCAGGGGAAGGACUAUGCGUAUCCAAGCAGCAGAGACUGCAGCCUGACGUGUGGUUUUAAUGACCAACACGCAGGUCAAAAGCAUUUUGCACAGUGUUUGUUUUCCUGUCUUGCACUUACAAAUAAGGUCUAUGGGAGUAGCAUGGAAAACGUUUGCUGUUUUUCCUUUUUUUUUUUCCCCUUUUUUUUUUCUCUGCUUUUGUUUAAAAUUUGAUCGCCUUAACUACUGUAAACAUAGCCUAUUUUUGUGCUUAAGAUACUGAAUGGAAAACUCCAUUGUGUAUUGCUGGACUGUUUUGGAAAUAUUUGGUCAAAUGUGUGUUAAUUUGGCUGUAAUGGCAUUUAAAACAAAACAAAAAAAAAGCUGUGAAAAUGGCCUUGGAGCGUUAUCUUUAGUUACUUGAAUAGUUUCUAGGUUUUAAAACUACAUUCUUUUCUUAAGUUAGAGAAGACAAUCAGUGUCUGAGGAAAAUGGACUUUCUCUUGGAUUUUUUUGUGGUCCUCGUGAGUGAUUGCUUUUUUCCUUUCCUUAGUUUCACAUUCUUCUUUUGUUCUAAAACUUAGACUGACAUCUAGCUUUGACAAUCAUAGUAUGUUUUAUUUUCCUGAGGGGGGAAUAACUUAUAAUGCUGUUUAGUUUUGUACUAUUGGUGUGUUGGUGAAUUUUUAAACUGUGUGCUAACUGCAAUAAAUUAUAUGAACUGAGAAAUCAAUUCCCUUGUCUUUUUUCCCUCUUUUAAAUUAUAGUCACGGAGUAUUUUUUAUAAUGUGUAACUUUAUUACUUUUGUACAGACUUCUAUUGCUAACUGUGUAUGGAAUAUGUUUUCAGUAUGCUUUUGAGCACUUUGUUGCUAACGUACAUAUUUACAUCUCACUUAACAUUUAAAAAAAAAUUAAAUGCUUGUGUUUGAAA